GGGGAUAAACACUAUGCUUGCCUUAUGGUCAAGAGAGUGAAAAGAUAAGACAAGAAAACCGCAGCUCAAGGAGAACCACGGCUCCCAACUAGUUAUGUAGACACAGAAGACGCCUGGGCCAUCCAUGACACGCCAACCCAGUGUCCGUUACUUUUGGCAGCGGCCAGCUCACAUGCGGGACUCCCCGUGAGGAAGCGUGGAUUUGAUAAAUUGAGAGAAAAUGUGGCAGAGCUUGGGUUUGACCGUGCUGGUCAUUGUAGCCACGUUGAUAUGCGUCCUGCUCUUUAUGAUUUUCGGUUGGUAUGUGGUGUGGCAACUCUUCCUCUCUAAGUUUAAGUUCCUGCGAGAGCUUGUUGGGGACACUGGCUCCCCCCAGGCAGAAACGGAUCUCUCUGAAUCCGAGAGUGAGCGCAGCUCACCCCCGACCCCCCGUCACCGGCCGAAGCCCGCCCGCCAAAGAAUUGCCCCACCGGCGGGACCCACAUAAGGCCUCCGAAAGCUCUGCUCCUCAGGACACCGUCUUUCCCCCUUAGCAGUACACUGGGAACUCACCCCCCCCCCCCAUUCUAAAAGGUUCUGAUCAGGAUUUGACAGCGUGCUCCAGUGUCAAAGCAGUUGCCUCCAUCUUGCGUGUGAAAUGGCCUUCGUCGGUUUCUCUUCAUCAUGGUAUGUGUUUGGAACUGUGGAGGCCAAGGUGCACUGCUUACUGUCUCAAUGCAACCCUGCUGAGUCAUGCCACCAUUUUUCUUUUUGUAGGUUUUUUUGUUUUUGAUUUGUGAGUGAAUGAAAAGUUCAGACUGACCUGGUUUAGCCCCUUUCUUUAUGGCAUGCUGCUACUCAUUUUGUUUGCGUAAAUGCACAAAGGCUGCUAGGUGAGGCGAUGUUGUGGGGGUGUGAUGAGUUAAAUGGAGGAGACGCAGAGGAGGCAGGUUUACUGCUGUACUCGACAGAUGUGCAUUGCUCAAAUGUUUAAGCAAGCAAAAUCCAAGUCUAGGAAACUCAGUUUAUCACUGACAAUGCAAACUUUUAACUGUUGACAUUGUAACUGCAGAUAUUUACACUAACUCUUAUAAAUAUCUAACUGUAAUGUUUGCUGAUUUAAAAAAGUGCAAUGGAAAUGACUAUGUUCUCUUCAUUAUUUGAAAUGGCACGCUUAAGUAAAAGGUGGAAGGGCUAUCUGCUGGUUAAACAAAAGAGGCCACAGCCCUUGCAGUUGUUCCCCUGUUCCCUGAUGAAUGCCCAUGAGGUGGCCCAGAUAUGGCCCUGGGGCUUUAGAAAGGCUGCUAUGGUUACCGGUGAGCGUGGGGGGUGGGGUUUGAGUCACCCCUUACCACUGAUCGAGGACCUGCUGUCUUCAGUCCUCGGUCAAUGCUAGGUUGAGCUCAGAUUUGUAACUCCCCUCCCCUCAUCCUGAUGAACAUUUCCAAAAAGCCUCUAUCCCUUGGUCAUUUUGUUACCUACCUACAUACAAUUACAUUUUAUGAUACCUUUUUAAAAAAAAUGUUUCUUUCUUUUAUGGCAGUAGCUGUAUCUUUCCAUUCAUAAUAAAUUUAUUUCAUAAAAUGUCCCUUGCAACAGA